UCCAAGAUCAAACCUCCCGUCGUCGUUAUCUUCUCUUCCGAGCGAUUCUCUUUUACCAAAUCGAAGGAAAAACUCACUAGCCAACCAUUAUCGAGUUGUUUGCAAGUUCUUCUGGCAUGUCGUCUGAUGAGAUACUAAAGGCUGUUUUCCCGCUUCUUGAAGGCGCUGAUUUAGCCGCUUGUACGGCCGUAUGCAAGCAAUGGCGAAAUAUAGCUCGAGACGAUUACUUCUGGAAGUGUCUUUGUGCAAAAAAAUGGCCAUCAACAUGUAAGAAUCCAUCCCCUCCUUUUACUUACCAUAAACUCUUCAAAACGUUCUACAAACGCGAAAACCAUCGAACCCUCCUUCCUCCACGGAUCUCGUUGAGUGAUCUAGAGUUCUAUAUCGACUUCUGGGCAGACGGGAAUUUACUCUUCUCACAAGUCGUCCCAGGCCCUGCCCUACGGAAGGGAAACUGGACCCCACCAGCCGGGGUCAUCCCCGUGAUGAAGUUUCAUUUGGAGGGUCCGGAAUACAAACUAACGUUGCCUGUGGAACCACAGUUUGCGGUUCCUUAUACGCAGACCAUUAGCGUUUCUGUGCUCGUGGCACGAAAAGACACCAAGAAAGUUGCUUGUAUAAUCCAUGAGGCAAUGUUUGAUUAUAUCGAUCGGUCUACGUGUAGAGCACUUGCAUUUAAUUAUCUCGUGUUCUCCCCUGCGUACCCUUUUGUGUCGGGAAUUCGGGCUUGGAUCGCUUUGUUGUUCAUGGACGGUGGGAAAGAUGACGACAUCAAUGUGUUUGGGCUCGAGAUCGACUUUUGUGAUGCUGCUAACUCCGAGGAAGAGGUGUUGUGGUUGUUGGACAUGCUUGAUUGGAAGUAAGGGGAUGUCGUGGAAUAUCCCAUCUGCCCUGAGUUCGAAUCCAGGUGUCCAAAAAAUUGUUGGGAUCAGUCUGGGCGUAGCUGGAGACACCCUUUAAAAAACAACAGUUGUUUAUUGUACUUAUUGCUUGUUUGCACACACUUUAUGUUCGGGUUUUCAUGGAAACUGUAUUUCUACCCUUUUGUGAUAGAGGCAAGGUCUGCCUACAUCCAACCCUCUAAAACCCUACCUAUGUAUGGGAUAUACUGGGUUUGUUUGGUUUCAUCAAAACAGGUCAAAUAGGAAUCGGUCCAGACCGAUAUUUGUAUAUUGUCCGAUGUGUCGUUAGGGACAUGUCAAUGAACAAACGACGUAAAUUUCGCUUGGGUCUUAGGAAAUUGUAUUUGUAACGUUCGUGUUUGGUUCAGUUGAUGUAUAAUCGUCUUGUAUGCUUCAAAUCUUCUUCCCAAUCGAGCCAUUUUCUCGUAUGUAACCAUGUAUAUUUUGUUUUGCAAGUCGAUGGUUUUCUUGGAAACAUGCUUUCUACCCUUUGGGGGUGGAGACAAAGUUUCUGUACAUUUUACCCCUAAAUCCUACCUUUAUACGGGUUUGUUUGUCUUU